AUGGCCGCGCAGCCUGAAGUCCCACUGGAGGAAAUCACCUGGCGAUCUCCGCAACACGUACAGAUGAUGGGCGGCUACCUCCAUUCAAACAACAUCCUCUUCUACUUCGCUGAAUCGCCCUUCUUCGACAAAACUUCAAACAAUGCUUCCCUCGCCGUCCAAGCCUCCUAUAAUGAGAAUUUCCGCCACUUCCUCGAGACGCGCGAGGCCUUUGAGGGCCGACUGAAGGGCAUGCAAGGGUUGGAGUUCAUGGUCGUGCAUGAUCCGUUGCAGGAGGCUGCGGCGGCGGGCGGGAUUCAACAACAACGGGUGCAGCAGGAGCCUUCGAAUGUGUGGGUGAUCCGGAAACAAAUGCGAAAGAAGCGGGCGGGGCUGGGAUCAGGGCCUGCUGGUGGUGAUGAUGAGAUUCAGGUUCUCGCAACGUAUUUUGUCGUGGGGGAUUCGGUGUAUAUGGCACCGUCGGUGUUGAAGAUUGUGGGAAGUCGGAUACUGUCAACAGUCACAUCCCUGACAAAAGCCCUCUCUGCCGCGUCCCCGUUACCCAUCUUCUCCCCUUCAUACGGCCACACGUACAUGCCACCUGUUCCUAAAGCCCUCGAAUCAUCGCGCCCAGGUGUGCAACAAUCCGACCAGCAGAGCGUCACCGACACUCCCAUGCCCGACGCCCUCUUACAAUCCAAGGACGCAAGCGCCCUAUCAUCAACAGCAGAGCAGCCAUCCGCCUCUACGUCCGUAUCUCCCCUAACCUCAUCAUCUACUACAAUGCAAGAUUCCCGCAGCCUUAUCGAAGCCUUCAACCUCCUCUCCCGCUACGGCGAUGAAUACAUGGACGACGCGCCUUUACUGGGCGAGCCAGGGUCUUUCAUCAUCGGGAAAACAUCCACGGAGCCGCUGGUUGUAGGAAUGCGCCAGCCUGUGAAUAGCAAGGCAUCCAAAGCUCCCACUCCUGCUCCAUCUACUGGUGUAGGAGGCAGUAUGAGCAAACCAGGCACACCAGCGGCAACCGGAACAACAACAGCAAUAUCAGCUAUUAAGACAGAUCCGGCUACGAUUGGGGUAGGGAAGGCGGGGAAAGGAGGGGAGAAGAGUCCUACUACGCCGGGUGGGAUGAAGGAGAGGACUAAGAGGAGGAAGAGUAAGAUAUUAUCGACUGCGGUGGUUUCUUCGGCCACGGGGCCUGGUGCUGGUGUUUCAUGA